AUGGAUCUUGGACAGUGUUUCCGCUUCGAACCCGACCUGAACAACUCCCCGUUUGCGUUGGACAUAGAGUCGUUCGUGGAGUGCGACGUGAGGGCGCUUCUGGAGUUCGAAGAGGAGACGUCGAUCCCCUUCUCCAGCUUGGGGAUCGAGUGCCCUGCUCACAGUCUGGUCGACCAGAGGAACAAGCUCGACCAACCCCUACACUUAUCUUACUGGCCACCGCGCAAGGCGAUAACCCCGAGUUUGCAAAUCCAAACUGUCAUCGUUGAGGUCGCCAGCAGGAAAAAUCUCUCGGAGAUAAGACACAAGUUCUUCCUGGCCGACCUUGACCAGAGAUGGAGGAGCAGAAAGGGAGACGGUUGCAGCUUUCUCGAGGCAGGGACGUUUGUUGGUCCCCUUAUACCCCUCGACUAA